GUUAUGAGAAGAGGACGGAAUGAGCAUACUGAUAUAAGAAUGUAAAAGAUAAACCAGUCCUCAGAUUUGCCCCAGUGACUAAGAAGCAGGUGAGGUUUAUGCGUGACUGUCAUGAAUUCGAUGGUUAAGUAUAUCUCUUUAAUACGACCUAAGGAGAUACAGGAAUGCCUCAAUCGGACGAAUGUUUGUUUAUUCACAUGUUGAUAAAGCGUCUAAUGUUGCGUGACAAAGUGAUUCAAUAUUCGCUGAUUACUAAGCACAUAAAUGAGCAUAUAUGAGCGCUCCGGGCCCUUCAACUCACAGUAUAUCAAGCGUGACUAGAACAAACUUGCUGAGUCACUUGGCAGCAAGGAUUAGUUGCAUAAUCGCUUGAUUAUCAACCUUUUCGAAGACAACAGCAAGUGACGGCGAACAUGUUACUCCUGGAAGAACUCCCAGGGUUUCUAACAGUCUUGAUAAACCUGCACAUGAGGUUCGACUCGACAUACGUACAGAAAGAACCUGUAAAUUUUACUUCGCUGAAUCCUGUCGGUGAUUGUCCCGGAUCACUGAACGGAGCAAUGCGAGACCCAGACAAAUGUCUUGUUGUCAUCCAAGAAUGGUGGGGCAUGAACGAGCAGAUAAAACAACAAGCGUUAGAUAUAGCCGGUUUGGGAAAUAUGACGACAUUGGUAUCUGAUUUAUACCGGGGAAUAGUAGCUGAGAACAGCACAGAAGCGAUCCAUCUUGUAACCAACUUGGAUUACGCGGGUAAGUUAAUUCACAACGAGCACCCAUAUUUGCACUAGAGCGGUCGUCUAUUUAUCUCGGAUUAGAAGACGACGAUUUACUAGUGUGGCAUAUCAUUUCCUUCAUAUGUAUGCUCGUGACUGACCAUUGGUUUCGAAACUGAUCAAACGUGAAACGUAAAAUAUUCAGGCAUAGUCGCUCAGCUCAGCUGCGUAAAUUACUCGCGAGAUUCGCGCGUGACAUUCAAAGGAGUUUUCUCAGCCGUUUUGUCUUCUUUGUCAAUGUGAGUAGCGAAAAAUUUGACGACUUGACAUUAUCUAACUCGAAAAACUCGACAUUGAGAGGGGAAUGGGGUUUGAAGUUUUGGUCGAGCGUUGAUAUUCAGUUGUUAUUCAUUUCACAGGUGCCAUCCAGGAUAUUAAAGGUGCGGCACAGUACCUUCUAAAACAAGGUUGCAGGAAAGUUGGUGUUACUGGCUUCUGCAUGGGAGGUGCCUUAUCACUCGCCGCCGCAGCUCUUGUGCCAGAAAUCUCUGCCGCUGCACCGUUUUAUGGCAUUCCUGAUCCUCGGCUCGCAAACAUGUCUACCAUUAAAAUACCGGUGCAGUGUCACUUUGGCAAAUUAGACCGAUCCAACACAGCUAACAUUACAGAAUAUACCAAGCUCAGGCAACAACUGGACGCCGGAGACGUGAAUUACGAAUUCUAUGAAUACGAAGCUGGUCACGCUUUCACCAAUCCGCACAGCAGAAAUUAUAACGAAUCCAUAGCUGAGCUGUCGAUUGGUCGAAUGAUUGACUUCAUGAAAAAACAUUUAGGAGGUUCAGGAAAGUGAUGAACACCCUGUAGGAAACAAUCAACCAUUCUUUCGCUUACUUCCUAUUCUUAAUAUAGGCACAAUAAGCUGCUUAAGCACUGAGUCAGCGAUUAGAAAUAAGAGAGCACACUGGGUCGCAGUGGUUCGAGCCCUGGGAUUUUAACUACCAUGGGAGUUCUUUUUUUCACAGCCCUAAAAGCACUAUUGAUUAGUUACUGCCAUCAUUAUUGUAAUUAUUAAUUUUUUUCACCGCUACAAAUUUAUGCCGGCCCGGAUUAUUGAUUUAUAAAACAUACAUGGCUUUGACUUCGUUAAACUGUGAUGGAAAAAAAGUAACAAAACGAAAAACGUUGUGUCUCAGGAUGUCUUUCAGCUUAGUAAGUAAUAAGCAAAGAAUCUUUUUGAGUGAUCUCGUCGCAUUGGUGUAUCAAGCCAGUCUGACAGAUCAGGCGGAGAUAGUAUAACGCAUGCGCUUUCUUUUCUUCAAAUACUAGGGCGGCUGGUCACUUGAACCAUUCCAAACAGGAGAUUAUAAACUGAAAAAAUCUCAUGAACUGAAAUAAUUCUCAAAUACUGGGUUGCGUACAACACAAUAGUGUAAACAUAAAAAAAUUCAAACAUUUAUAUACAAAUACAAUUUUACGAAAUUGCACUGAAAACCAAGACUUAGACUUCCCUUAACUACAAGCAUAUGAAAGACAAACCCAAAGAGUUCAAAAGGCUUUUAAUAAAUUGAACAUUUCGGCAAGGAAACGAUAAUUUUGCUAACAUAUCGACUAUAAAAUUAUGAAAGUAAGGAAAAUUGUACCAAUACGUUUUCAGAAAAAUCUUCAUCUAACCUACCGAGCUCAAAGAAAUUGCGAAUUUCGCAUGGAAGGUAAGGAACAUUGACUUUAAGGGGCGGAGACAUGACCUGUGGUCUUGAAAAAUGAAGCCUACAUCCCUAAGCCAUCCUUGCGCCUUCUUAGUUUAUCACUGCCUCUUUGGCGUUUUCCUAUAUUUUUAUAAGUUUUGCACAGCGCAAAAGAUUUCUCAAAAUAUCGUAUGGCCAGUGGCACUCGACUAAAUUAGUUAUUGCUUCUUAUUUAUCUGUAAAAAAGUUUCAUUUUAAGAAACUGCCAUUUAAAGCGAGUUAUUUACAGAUACAAAAAAGCGUGG